AAUGAGGGGUGGGACACAAUUUUAUUUAAAAUCUCUUUAGGCCUAAUCUUGCGCUUUAAUCAGGAACAGAGCAAAGUUAGGUUGAAAGUUCCUAGGCGGGCUACGUAGGCUACUUUAUCGAGAUGGAGCCAUGGGCUGUUUGUGAAUUUAUUUCAAAGCGGAAGGCUGACGUCUAGCCUAUGUUCCAGCUCGGCUUCGUGUUUUCGGUUUAUCAGUCAAAGAUUUUAGACCGAGAUUUCGCGUCACAGCGCCGCGCUUGAGACGAGACAAAUCUGGUAAACUUGGACGGACCAUAUAUCUUAGACCGAAAGGACGGGCGUUCAUUUUCCCAGUCAGGUAUCUUGGAUAUUCAGUUUAGAGUCGUUUCAUUGUAGCAGAACUGAAAUGAUUUGACAUAAAGUUGGGAGGAGCGCCAUAUAAAAAUACUGACUUUGAUUCGCAUCGAAACAGGAAAGGAUGUGGAGAGAUUCUACGAUUCAACAUCUGGGACUGAGAACUUUCACCGAACUCAAAGGUUGACAUAUGAAUGGAAGAAGUAUCUAAUACAUUCAUUUUGGUUGUCUUUUAACACUUUAAAGUAGUUUAAAAGACACAUUUUGUUUGUAAUAUGGGACCAACGUGGCGCAUGUCUGUGGUGAUACAUCAUUUGGCUUCUUCGUGAAAAGCAAGAAGCUGCGCUUAAAAGGACAAAUAAAACGGAGAAUGGGGGGUGCUGCCAUGGUCACAGUGCUGCUGGCUGGGAUGUGCCUGUGGACCUCCACAGCUCAUGCAGAUCAGUCAUCUGUGGGAUCGCCGUCCGGGGGCCCUGACGGCGUCACCGACCUGCUGUGUACAUGUGAGAACAAGAAGGGGACGUGUAGGAACGGCACCUGUAGAGGUGCCUACUGCUUCUACACCAAGGUGCAUGGCAGAGAGGAGAAGGGCUGCUUCCACAAGGACCACUACAAGGAGCAGUGUUACACCAGCUUCCAGGGACUGUACGUCCACUGCUGCACCAAGAACCUCUGUAACGUCAACAGCACCGCUCCCCCAGACCCAGUUGAGCCUACGAGGGAGGAGGACAGCGUGAUUCUGCUGGUGGCAGUCCCUCUGCUGGUGUUGCUGAUCCUGUCCGUGGCUGUGUGUGGCCUGGUGCUGUGGCUACGCUCCAGACGACAGCACCACAGGCUGGGCUACAGAGAGGACCGUGACGUCUCCAUGCUCAAGGUGCCCAGUGGGACAGACCCUACCUACGGGGAAAUCUUCGAUGAGUUCUGUACCUCAGGCAGUGGGACUGGCCUGCCGUACCUGGUGCAGAGGACCAUGGCUCGGCAGAUCUCUCUGGUCGAGUGUGUCGGUAAGGGCCGGUAUGGGGAGGUGUGGAGGGGCACCUGGAUGGGAGAGAGUGUUGCCGUGAAGAUCUUCUCCUCCAGAGAUGAGCAGUCCUGGUUCCGAGAGACCGAGAUCUACAACACUGUGCAGCUCAGACACGACAACAUCCUGGGCUUCAUAGCAUCUGACAUGACUUCUAAGAACUCCAGCACCCAGCUGUGGCUGAUCACCCACUUCCAUGAGCUGGGUAGUCUCUACGACUUCCUCCAGUACAGCAGCCUGGACCCCGAGGGCUGCCUAAGGAUGUGCCUGUCUGUAGCCUGCGGCCUGGUCCACUUCCACACUGAGAUACUCAGCUGCCAGGGCAAGCCUGCCAUCGCCCACCGAGACCUGAAGAGCCGGAACAUCCUGGUCAAGAGGAACGGACAGUGCUGCAUCGCCGACCUGGGCCUGGCUGUGAUGCAUUCUCAGACCAGCGAUUACCUGGACGUGGGGAACAACCCCAGGGUGGGUACCAAACGCUACAUGGCCCCAGAGGUUCUGGAUGAGACCAUCCGCAUGGACAUCUUUGAGUCGUACAAGCAGACAGACAUCUGGUCCCUGGGCCUGGUUCUCUGGGAGAUCUCUAGACGGACCAUGGUCAACGGGAUAGUGGAGGAGUACCGGCCGCCCUUCUUUGACAUGGUGCCCUCUGACCCCAGCUUUGAGGAGAUGAAGAAGGUGGUGUGUGUAGACCAGCAGAGACCCAGUCUGCACAACAGGCUGCACUCACACCCGAUCCUGGCUUCCAUUGCCAAGGUAAUGAAGGAGUGUUGGUUCCAGAGCCCCCCAGCCCGACUCACAGCUCUCCGUGUCAGAAAGACUCUCUCCAAGCUGGACCAGGACCAUGGCUACCCCACAGAGAAACUCAAAAUGGACCUGUAGGCCUCGACACCGGACUGCAAGCAGGACGUCUAGACCUCAACAUAAGACUACGACCAGCACACCAAAAGUAGGGCUUAUAGUCUUAUAUAGAGACGAUCUAUAUCCUCUCCUACUACUUAAGACUCUGUGUCCCAUAUAUCUAGUGCUUCUUCCUAAAAGGCUGUCACCUGGAUCAUGUAAUCUGGAAUGCAAUCGAAAAAUGUCAUGUAUUUGCUUUGGCCUAUUUAUCUGCUGAGAUCUGGAAUGGGAAGCAUAGCAACCGACACAUUUGGACUUGGAUCAUUCUAUGGACAGAACCAUUUGCCGGUAACUGCCUGAUUACUCCUGUUGAAAGAGUUCACCGAGUUCCGGUCUUCCAUAGAGCAUGGACACUGUCUUCCAUAGAGCAUGGACACUGUCUUCCAUAGAGCAUGGACACUGUCUUCCAUAGAGCGUGGACACUGUCUUCCAUGGAGCAUGGACACUGUCUUCCAUAGAGCAUGGACACUGUCUUCCAUAGAGCAUGGACACUGUCUUCCAUGGAGCAUGGACACUGUCUUCCAUAGAGCAUGGACACUGUCUUCCAUAGAGCAUGGACACUGUCUUCCAUAGAGCAUGGACACUGUCUUCCAUAGAGCAUGGACACUGUCUUCCAUAGAGCAUGGACACUGUCUUCCAUAGAGCAUGGACACUGUCUUCCAUAGAGCAUGGACACUGUCUUCCAUAGAGCGUGGACACUGUCUUCCAUGGAGCAUGGACAUUGUCCUCUCCUAGGGGCCCACCGGAUUGAGAGAUCUUCAGAGUUUGGUGGAUGUGAUGUCCUUGUGGGAAUGGGUGUCUCACCGUUGGAUCAGUGAGGCCUUGUGGACAUAGCGUGAUCAUUUCAAGCGGCCGUUUAAUGCCUCGCUGGUUUGUUCAUUGUUUUGAUGCACUAUACAGGAUCUAUACGUAUUGAUUUAUUUAGCAUUUCCUGAACACCUUUUCAGCUGACCAUAUACAGUACCCUUGUAAUGCUCCCAUUACUACAAUGUGUUACUCAUGAUGAUAUUGUAAGCACAAAGCUAAUAAAUCAGUUCUAUCUACUCUUAACAAUAGGAUGUUUCUUUCACCCGAUUUACUGUUAAAAGCUGUUUUAAAGUGAAAGUACUUCUAUAUUUUACGAUAUUCAUUAUAUACAUGCGUUUGUUUUUAAUCUGAAAUUAUAUCUGCAAAUACUUUCAGCACAGAAUUACCAUCAUUACCAUCACUACCGUUCAACAAUAUUGAAAAAGGGAAAUAAAUAAAAACCAUCACGUUGUU